CGCCCCUAUUUCAGAAGACCAAUGGAGGAGGGGGGCGGGGCGAGACGCGGCCCGUGCGGCCAAUAGCGACGGGGGGCGGGGCGGCCGCGGCCUGGGAUCCCGGCGCGCUCUCGGUCGGCAGUCGGAGCAGCCUCAGUGCUAGGAGUUCGCAGGCACCGCACUGCUGUCGCUGUCGCCGUCGCCGCGGCACUCCCGCCAGCCCGCCCUCGGCGCGUCCCCGCCGCGCUCCGAUUCCUGCAGCCGGCCCGGGGCGCGCUCGGUCGCUCCGGGCAGUGUACCCGUUGCGGCCCCGCUGCGAUGGCCACCAAGAUCGACAAGGAGGCUUGCCGGGCGGCGUAUAACCUGGUGCGCGACGACAACUCGGCAGUCAUCUGGGUGACUUUUAAAUAUGAAGGCUCAACCAUUGUCCCCGGGGAGCAGGGAGCGGAGUACCAGCACUUCAUCCAACAGUGCACAGAUGACGUCCGGCUCUUCGCCUUUGUGCGCUUCACCACCGGCGAUGCCAUGAGCAAGAGGUCCAAGUUCGCCCUCAUCACAUGGAUCGGCGAGAGCGUCAGCGGGCUGCAGCGGGCCAAGACCGGCACAGACAAGACGCUGGUGAAGGAGGUGGUCCAGAAUUUUGCAAAAGAGUUUGUGAUCAGCGAUCGGAAGGAGCUGGAGGAAGAUUUCAUCAAGAGCGAGCUGAAGAAGGCCGGGGGCGCCAAUUACGAUGCCCAGGCGGAGUAGCCCCGCUCUCCCUGCCCCGCCAAAGCCAUCUGCCUGCUGCCGGGAGGGGACCUCGGCCUCGCCCCGCCCACCGCCCGCCUGGGAGAGGAGGAGAGGCCCUGCCGCUGCCCGUGUCUGCGCCCAGCCCCCAGCCCCCAGCCCCCUCCCGACCCUGUGUCCUCAUGAAGCUCAUGGAACAUCUUGGAUUUUCUUUUUAUUUUUUCCCCUCUUUCUCCCGCUAAAGAAAAACCAUUUUGAUGAAAGGUCAUCAGACCUGAGGUAACCCCGUGGUGGCCCCCACCCCAGUGUCCCUCCUCUGCUCCCUGGCGGGCACCGUCUUGGUUUGCCUCGAUGGCUCCUGCUUGCCACACAGCUGGCCUCUGUGCCCGGGCUGACCGCAGCCUUCACGAGCACGUUUCCCAUCAGCAGGCUCAGGCCUCCUGGAAGGCGCUCCAGGGCCCCCACGCCAUCCCAAACGCUCUGUGCUGGCAAGUUUAGGUCUGACUUGGACCGAACAAGAAGCGAUGAAAUUUGCCUUAAAACUUGCCUGGCAGCGGCUUUGCCGCAAGGUCCGAUCCUACCUGAUCCUGGUCCCACCCGUGACUCGAUACCUUCAUGGCACGGAGACAGGUCUGGAUCCAGGGAGGAGCCCUCAGGGCCUCCCAGAGUGAGGUGCAGGAAGGAGGCCCAGGGUGGAGGAUGGGGACUGGGAGAGGCCUGCCCCGCACCUGGCUGUUGUGCGGCUCUCCAGGAAGUCUGGUUGGAAUCCCAGGUCCACACUGCAAAUCCAGGAUUGCUUGGCUCUGUUCUGGAGGAAGAUGAGAUUGGCCCGGCUCUUCAUGAGCAGUCUUGCGUUACAGCUCCGUCUCCUUUUCUCCUCGCUCCUUUGGUUUUGGGGAAGAACGCUGUGCUGCGCUGGGGUUGCGGAGACGCCUCCGGCACUCACACAGUUUACAGAAAUAAACGCGUUGUUUUUCAAAGAAGAGUUUC